CGGACGCCCCCACGAAGGUGACCAGCAACCAAACCUCGGUGACGCUGGCCUACGACCGGAAGAAUAUGUACAAGGCCGUGCACUACGGUUACAACAUCUAUGUGGACGACGGCAUUCAGGGCGCCUUCACGAAGAUCGAAGUGGACGACACCAGUGCGAUCACCUAUCCAGUCGGAAAUCUGUCCGUCGGGCUGCCCUACCGCUUCAAGGUAUCGGUGGUCAGCGAGGUCGGGGAGUCCGACCACUCCCCAGUGUCGACCUUCUACCCCGGGGAUCUCCCGGUUGCGCCCACGGCGCCCAAGUACAUCAACAGCAGUUUGACAUCCAUCACGGUCGAGUGGCAGUCCGGCGAUGCCUCGUUGAGCCAGAGUGGCGGCAAUGACUACCUGAACUGGCAAUUCCAAGCCAGCUACUUUCAGAAUCUGACGGAGCUCGACGCCCAGGUUGGCGUGGACUGGGACUCGGGUCUGACACAAAUCGUGCCCUUUCAAGUCGGGCAAAACCAGUACCAGCUGGAAGUCAUUUGCGACAACGUAACCGCCGGCGUCAGUCUCCAGGCCGAGUUCAUUUACUUUCGCGUAGCUGCAACAACCAAUGUCGGGUUGGGAGCUUAUUCAGCAGAGGUAUCAGAUUCAAAAUGAUAUGAUUUGGUUAGUAUAGGCGGGAGAUGGCAUGGGCAUGCCAUGCGGUGGGAAUACUGAUGAAGUAGAAGUUCUCUUGGAAGUAGCAGGUCGGCUCUUAUUAACAUUGUCUUCUCUUAAGUAUCUCAUACGGAUACGUUUUUGCAUCUGUUCUUGGGUCACCCUAAAUCCUCACCGUCGGUCAUCUUCAAAACUCAAUAUUGAAAAGCCCUACUAUCUGUAAGCUGUACACUAUCUCACUUCAGUCGCGCGUGCGCUGCGCCCCGGCACCGGAGGCCCCAAUUCUGUACGAGCCUUUCACGGGGAGCUUGCAGAGUUCCAGUGCGGGCAGCGUGGUGGCGUGGUACGAGCAGAACUUGUUUCAGGCCACGCUGCUCGGGUUCGAGGUGCACGCCAACGACGGGUUGGGUUCCGACGUGGUUCUGGUGAAGUCCAUUCUCGACUUAUCGCAAGGAAAAAUCCUCCCUCCCCAUGCCGAAAACGAAACUCGUGAUGCUGUAUUUGAGUACACAAAUCGAGUUUUAUUGCUAGACGGCCAAGAGGAAGAGCCGCAACUGUGGCCUCGCUUGCAGGCAAUCUGUCAUGCUGUUUCCCACUUCCAGCUGACUCCUGUCAUGCUGAAGCUGCGAGGCUUUCCGACGCCACCCAGCACUACAGUCCGCAUCUUUUCCAUUCUAGCAUGACAAAAUGAUUUGUGUGCACAAAUCUCGCAUCACAGAUGUUUUCGCGGUUCUGACCCUAUGCCGCUCCGGCCCCUGCGGAGGCUUGCCUCCCCAGCGACGCCGGACAAUGGCAAUGUCGGCGCGGUUGUUUUAGCAUCACAGACUUCCAGUUUGAUAUGGGGAGGGGGGAUUUUUCCUCUUGAUGCGACUCCUCCAUCCGGGCCUUCAAGUACGCGCCGCCGGCGGGCACGACGGUGGGCUACGUCGGCGGGGAGACGAUCGUGCACGACGGCGUGAUGCUGUUGACCACGGCGACCAGCACCACGACGACCAUCGAAAAUCGCCCCAUCCGUUUCAAGGUGGCCGUGAUCACGGACGUGACCACGGGCCCGCUGUUAUCCUGUGUAAAAACGUCACCACCCCAUAGGCAAGAUGGGAAAUCUGCUAGACAAAUCAACAAGCUUUGGUUGUUGCGCAUGACAAAUCUGGCCUCGUAGUGUAAUCCUGUUCAGCUAGUUCAGCAGCAUCACAGACCUACCGCAACAUGCUAAUUGGACCAUGGCAAACUCCUAAACACGGCUAGAAAAUGCCUCUCAUUGGGCUCCGCAUGGGAAAUAUUUUCAGCAUGCAGAUUUGCAGUACAACCAUGGCGCGGGGACGUUUUUACAUAGGAUAGCUGUCCGAGGAGCUCACGGUGUACAGUUGCGCCCCCCCGGUGCUGACGGCGGUGAAGCCGUACGUGGCGGCCGGCGUGUACAACCUGACCGGCAACGGGCUGUACUCGCUCACGCUGGGUUGGACGCCGCCAGCGGACACCGGCGGCUGCACGAUCGUCGGGUACCGAAUAGAAAAAGACUCCACCUACGAGCGGCUGCCCGACACCAGCGUGGUGAACCACGGGGACGCAAACUUUACGCUCCUCGACCCGCUGCUGAGCUCCGCCUCCGGCAAUUUCACGGACGUGUAUCCCACGGACCCGGGACCGGACCCGAAUGUCGUACCGCCCUACGUCGCGUACGCAGACGGCAACGACACGGUGUAUGCAAAUUACACACAGUACGGCAAUCUAGAUCCCACGAUUUUCACCGCAACCUACGUCGACGCGGGAAUCACGAAAGGUAUGUUGCUUUUAGAAUUUUUGCCUAGCGGAGUAGGAGUUGUGCUACCAGCUGCCUAUUUAUCGAUUAAAUUUAUUCUCCGAUGCAGCUUUCGUGUGUUUCGCUUUUGUUAUGUGCCUGUUGUGUCUCAAAAGUUCCAUAGGUUCUUCGAAGAACGCCAGCAGAUGAGGUUUUUUUACUUCAACUAGACUACUGUAUGACUUCGCAGGUAACGUCUACCGCUUUCGCGUGAUUGUCGUCACAAGGAAAGGAGACUACCCAGGGCCAGUCACGGAUGUGCAGGUUUCUGCUGUUCCGAGCAAGAUGCUUCCUCCGGUCGCGAACUACGAGCUUUCGACGACUACGUCUCUGGUAUGACUAUGACUCUUCAUAAUAAUCACGAAAAUGAACGCACAGACGAGACUUGAAAUUUCGUUAAAUGCCGCCGCAGGCCUAUGCAUGCAAUGGCAAGUGGUUUUAUGUGCUUCCGAACCUGGGGCUGCUGUUAAGUGGUUCGUAGCGCUCUUCUGUCACCAUCAUACACGACUAACAGUACGUCACCUGGCAAGUGCCGGAGAACAACGGCGGGAUUGUCCGGGGCUACACGCUGUACAGGAACGAGGGCAACGGCACUGCCGUUUCCGAAGUAUCGGACCCGACGUGCGGGAGGGAAACCACUCCCGCACCGCAGCAGUGCACCAUUACCGACCUGACGCCAGGAGCUGAGUACCAAAUCCAGAUGGCCACAGUGAACGAAGUCGGCGAAGGCAUGCGGUCAGAUCCCACAAUCUUCGUCGCUGCAAAGGUACUGUUUGUACGAAGUAUAGUAAAAGGCAAAAACUACUUCUCCUACGCAAAAAGCUGAUAGAAUACAGCAAAGUUUUUUACCUUCGACAUAGUGAAUCGAUAAAGAUAGGGCAGCAUAUCUCACUUUCCACCGCCUUCCCUCUCCGUGCAGGUUCCGGGUUCGCCCCAGGACUUGACGAUCUCCGCCGCCGACGACGGAGCCUUGACGCUGACGCCUUCUUUGACGCUGACCUGGCGGUCGGGUACGGAUGAGGGCGCGAUGAUCUUUGACUACAUCCUGGCGGUGAAGGAAGUGGGUGUGGACAACGUGGUGGAGUACAUUUCGAUGGGCGGCACGGAGCAGGCCAGUUGGAACCUGGUGAACGCGCCGACGAAGACGCUGACCGCGGCUGCUUUUUCCACCCUCCCCUGGGAGGUCGGGCGGCACUACCAGGUGAAGGUGCAGGGCGUGAACCUGGUCGGGCAGGGCGCGUGGGGCCAAUUCACCGACCCGCAGAAGACGGAAUUGGGCGUGACCCUGAACAACGGCGUGAUUCUGUCCGCCCCGUCCAAGGUUUCCGGGUUUCAGCGCCACACCGACCAGCAACUAUCGAAUGCAAAUAACUACGACUCCGGGUCAUUCUCAUUCGUCGUGCUGAUGUCUCAACAUGCAAAGAACUCGCGGACCUUCUAUAUGUGGAAUACCGCUGGUAGUUCUUCUUCUUUGUCAUGCACAAACGCAGUCUCUCAUGCGCUUUAUUACGCACCACAGGACCGUUCAAAAAUCUGUAGUGCUUAGAAGUUGCGUACUUCUCGAGUCACGCCUUUGUCAUGUUGCACGUCAUUGUCAUAUUAAAAAAAAAUUGGCCCCCUCAGGCUCAUUAUUUGCAGUGCAUAGCAAGGGGUUCCGAACGACACCAUCAAAAUGCAGUGGACCAAGCUCUCCACCACCACCCAGUUUGGCGGCGACGUGGCGGAAAACAUCACUUACCACGUGUUCGGCGACCGCGUCAGUGGCUCCUCGGAUAUCCUCCUCCAUUCGCAAAGCCACCUGGUGGCCAGCGAGUGGGAGCACACCGGCUCGCACCCGACUUAUCCUGUCUCCCCGGGCCAAGCAUGGUGAGGAUCGAUGUUGAUCAGCCCUAGCACCUCCUCCUGCGCGAAUCACUGCAUUUUGUUGCCUAUGUCUUGCAGUCCGAUAAGAAAGAAAUUUAGAACUGGCUGUACUACUUUGAAGUUCACAUAGUACAAAUCGCACCAGUACUAGGUCCUUUGAUAUCACCUCAAUCGCUCGAAAUCCAAUUCGCGAAAUCUGAUUUCUACAACUACUUCCAGGUAUUACACCGUCCGAGCCGGGAACGGAGGGGGGUUUCUGUCCGAACCCGUGUUGCCCCCGGUGAAGAUGAUCGCUGCCUUCGUGCCCGGCGUGCCGCGGGACUUUACCGCGGCGAACACCGUCAAUGCGUUUCAGACGCUGCUGAAUUGGAAUCCACCGGCCGACGACGGCGGCAACAGCCUGGUCUUCUACCGUAUUCGGUCAAGCCAGGGCGUUGCCUGGACGGCUGACGUAUCCGCGACGUUGCUGUUCCAUCAGUACAGCGGCCAGCAAGCAGUCGCGACCACCUACUACAUCAGCGCGGGCAACAGCAUCGGCUUCGGCGCCGAAGCAACCUUCGCGCUCACUGUGAACGGGGGCCGGUGAUGAUCACGCUGUUCGCCCGGCGUACUGCUAUGUAAAACUAAAAUCAAAUUCAAGAGAUCUGAGACAACUGGUAUAGAACUCCAAUAAAAAUAAUAGACAGCACUUUUACUCUAGUACUAAACGAAAAACGGUAAGGAUGAUAUGAACUCUGUUUCUACUUUUCGAAAUCGAACAAAGCUUGUUACGUAGAUCACUGAUACUUUCUUACCGGCAGCGUGCGGACGGCUUUUUUUGAACUUUUUGGCCGCGCUAAGCUGGCGUGAAGUACUCCUCGAGUGUCUAAGAAUCUUCGAAGAUUUUGCUUGCUGCAGCUCUGCUUGAGCGCAUUUCGUCUAAUAUUUUGCCGAAUUUCAAUAGCUGCUGCUCUUACUCUCACUUCAAAAUCUGUACUUGUCAAUCUGUCACGCUCAUGUUUUAGAUCAUUAUUUAUUCAGGGACAAACUUAUUUCACGUUUCGAACACUGCCCAAGGGUGCAAAAGAUAGUGCGAAUGCAGCACCUUCUUUUUUACGUCUAGAUAUAAUUCGCUUGUACAAAAUGUGUCGAGCGCGUGUACAUAAAUUUCACAAAUUUUGACAGACAAAAAGCGAUACGAGAUACUUGUUUAGAAAACUAGGCGCGCUGGCACCCCAUACGCAGACCACAGACGUAAAGACUGGGGGAUGAUUUGCCGGGCGACACCCACACCGCGCACGAGUUACUUGUUUUUAUAAUGUCGAAAUAUCAGUCGGAAUACGAAUAUCAGCGCUUGAAGCCUGGUCAAUUAAGAAAAAAGAGAACGAGAAAACCAGACGUACAAUGCUUUCCUGUGGUCCAAAGAGAAU